AUGGCUCCUGAGCCAACCAACACAGACUGGACCGUAGGGUUCGACACUCUCCGGCGAGAAAAGCUCUUCCGAAACCCUCCCAAAGACCGAUCGGCUUAUCCUAUGCUACAGGCGGCCAUUCGACCUCAUAUCGACUCAUUCAAUGCGCUCUUUGGAGAAAGCAAGAUCAUGGAGCACGCAUUGGAAGACAUGGGAAUCAAAGUCUUCCUCGAUGGAGAUGCGGAAACGCCAGAACAACGAAGUGCUCGAAAGGCUAGAGGCGAAGCACCGCCCGUACGCAAUCGUCUUAGUUUGCGCAUCACGGAGCUUUUCUUAGACAAGGCCGUUCUACCGCCCACCAAUAAAUUCGUCCCUCGUCAGACUACUGCCAACGCUGAUUAUCGUAAUAUAUAUCCUGCAGAAUGCAGAGAACGACAUGCCACUUACCGAGGACGAUUGCGUGCAAGACUUCAGUAUCAAGUCAAUAAUGGAGAAUGGCAUGAGUCUGUACGAGAAUUGGGUCAGGUACCCUUGAUGUUAAGGUCCAACAGAUGUCAUUUAGAAUCAUUCAGCCCUCAGCAAUUGGUGGAUCACAAGGAAGAAUCUGAGGAAUUGGGUGGUUAUUUCAUCGUCAACGGAAAUGAAAAACUGAUUCGAAUGUUGAUCAUGCCCAAACGCAACUUUCCCAUGGCUAUUAACCGACCGUCAUUCCAGAAACGUGGUGCCGGCUUUACCACUUUUGGUGUUCAAAUUCGAUCCGCUCGACCAGAUCAAACCACACAAACAAACGUUCUUCAUUACCUAUCUGAUGGAAACGUCACAUUCCGAUUCUCAUGGCGAAAGCAAGAAUAUCUUGUGCCUGUCAUGAUGAUACUUAAGGCGCUCGUUGAGACUAAUGACAGAGAGAUCUUUGAAGGCAUUGUUGGCAAUGCGUCAACAAAGGGACCCGCCAACACUUUCGUCACGGACCGUGUAGAACUGCUUCUCAGAACAUUUAAGGGCUACAAGAUCUAUUCUAGGUCCGAUGCCAGAGCGUACCUAGGAAAGAAGUUCCGUCCCGUCUUAUUUGCGCCUGCGACCUGGACCCAUGAAGAAUGCGGUGCUGAAUUUCUGCGCAAGAUCGUCCUUCCACACCUCGGCAACCAGAAUGUCACGACCACACAAGAUUACGAUAAAUUCAAACUGAUGCUGUUUAUGAUCCGGAAGCUUUAUGCCUUUGUCGCCGGCGACUGCGCCGCUGAUAAUCCUGACGCUAUCUCCAACCAGGAAGUGAUGCUAGGUGGCUACGUUUACGGCAUGCUGUUGAAGGAAAGGCUUGAAGAAUGGUUGUUAAGUUUUGGGAGACUUGUUCGGGACUGGUCAUACAGAGGCGGCAAUCUCAAAUUUACAGAUCCCUCGUUUGAGAAGGAUUUUAUAGGGAAGGUCAUCAAACGCACCAACGAGAACAUUGGUGGAGCGUUGGAGUAUUUCUUGUCAACGGGUAAUUUGGUCAGCCCAACUGGAUUGGAUAUGCAACAAGCUUCUGGUUUCACUGUCGUCGCUGAAAAGAUUAAUUUCUAUCGAUUUAUUGCUCAUUUCCGCAUGGUUCACAGAGGUACUUUCUUCGCUCAGCUCAAGACCACGGCGGUGCGUAAAUUGUUACCCGAAAGUUGGGGUUUCAUGUGUCCUGUCCAUACGCCUGAUGGUUCUCCCUGUGGAUUGCUUAACCAUUUGGCUCAUAAAUGUCUGAUUGCUACGAGCGACUUGGACGUCUCACAUAUUCCUCGUGUCUUGGCGCAACUUGGUAUCAAGUCUGAGGCUUCGGCCGAAGUCACCGAGUCUGUUUGUGUGCAGCUGAACGGACGAGUCGUGGGAUACUGUUCACCGAAGCAAGCCAAGAUGAUUCAUGACACUUUGCGGUUCUGGAAAGUUGAAGGCAGUCAUGACAUUCCCAAAGAACUCGAAAUAGGCUAUGUCCCCACCAGCAACGGUGGCCAAUAUCCUGGUAUCUACAUGUCCUCACAGCCAGCACGAAUGUACCGUCCCGUUAAGUAUUUGGCACUUGAUAAACUCGACUACGUGGGUCCAUUUGAGCAACCAUUUAUGGAAAUCGCAUGCUUGGAAGAGGACAUUCGGUCCGGUCUCUCAACACACAUCGAGUUUACUCCAACCAACAUUCUCUCUAUUAUUGCCAACAUGACGCCAUUCUCAGACAACAACCAGUCUCCUCGUAACAUGUACCAGUGCCAGAUGAGCAAACAGACGAUGGGUACUCCGGGAACGUCCUUCGCCUACCGCACAGACAACAAGCUGUACCGAUUACAAACCGGUCAGACCCCGAUUGUCCGACCACCAUUGUACAAUGCAUAUGGCUUGGACAACUUCCCCAACGGUGCAAAUGCGGUUGUCGCAAUUUUGGCGUACACUGGAUAUGAUAUGGACGACGCCAUGGUUAUCAACAAGUCUUCGCAUGAGCGCGGUUUCGGACACGGUACUAUCUACAAAACCAAAUUCUAUAACCUCGACGACAAGGAUUCGCGACGAAACAAGUCCAAACGCGAGAUCAGCAAGCUUUUCGGAUUCGCUCCUGGCUCUGAAAUCAAGGCUGAAUAUCGCGCGACUCUAGAUGAGGAUGGUCUCCCUCAUCCCGGUGCCAAGAUCAAAGAAGGUAGCUACGUAGCAGCCUGGUAUACCGUCCGAUACGAUGCUGGUAGUGACUCGUAUAUCAAUGUUGACGGAAUCACGCAUUUCCUCAAGUACAAAGAUGCGGAAGAAGGCUACAUUGACACUGUCCGCCUGGUGGGUAACGAGAAUGGAAACGAGCCACUACAAGCCAUUAGUGUCAAAUUCCGUGUUCCGCGUCGUCCUAUUAUCGGUGACAAGUUUUCGUCUCGACACGGACAAAAGGGUGUGUGUUCGCAGUUGUGGCCUCAGAUUGAUAUGCCAUUUUCUGAGAGUGGUAUUCAGCCUGAUCUCAUUAUCAAUCCUCACGCUUUCCCAUCUCGUAUGACAAUCGCCCAAAUCAUCGAAUCCAUGGCCGGAAAAGCCGGCGCUCUCCACGGCCACCCGCAGGACUCAACACCCUUCCAAUUCAGCGAGGAAAACACCGCAGCCGACUACUUCGGCCACCAACUACGCAAAGCAGGCUACAACUACCACGGCAACGAGCCCAUGUACAGCGGUAUCACAGGCAAAGAAUUCGCAGCGGACAUCUAUCUCGGUGUAGUCCACUACCAACGUCUCCGACACAUGGUCAACGAUAAAUUCCAAGUCCGUACCACAGGUCCCGUGAACAGCGUUACCGGUCAACCGGUCAAGGGCCGAUCAAAGGGUGGUGGUAUCCGUGUCGGAGAGAUGGAACGUGACUCUUUACUUGCGCACGGUUGCGCGUUCUUGUUACAGGAUCGAUUGAUGAAUUGCUCCGAUUCUCAACGGGCAUGGAUCUGUCGUGACUGCGGCUCUUUUCUUUCCACCCAAGUCGCUGUAUCAUCAAACUCCUCAUCGGGUACUCAGGCCACGGGAGCGUCAGAGGUUAGCAAAGCAGCCCUCGCAGCAGCCGCGAAGGCAACGCCCAACAAUCAAACCAUUACCGCAAAUCUAUCACGUAUAAGCGCCGUGAAUGCCCUCGGUGGCACAAACGGUAUUGUGCGUUGUCGUCGUUGCGCGCGUGAAGCCGUCUUUGAUGAUUCGCGGGCUAUGAUUUGGGAAGAUGGGGAUGGUAAUCGGUUCGUUGGUGGGGAUAAUGUUACUGUUGUUGUUGUACCCGGUGUGUUGAGAUAUUUGGAUGUUGAGUUGGCGGCUAUGGGGAUUAGGUUGAAGUUCAAAGUCGAUCAUUAG